CCUAAUCUGAAGUUAAAACUACAGUAUCAAACUGAACAAGCAUGGCGAGCCUCAACAAGAUAUUCCACUCUAAGGAAGAGAAAGCUAAAGGAAAGCAUGAACAUCAGUGUUUCUGAAGAAUUCAAUGACAUCAAAGUAAGAGCAAAUUCCUUGGUACUCCGAGCUGAUGUCUACAAACAACAAGCACAAGUAGGGAUAAGCAAAUGUAUUGCAAAUGCCUCUGAUCUUAAUAACAGUAGAAAUUAUAUCAAAAAACAAAUCAACGAAACUGUGGAAGAAAUGGUUAAAUUAGUCAGAAAAACAGGAAAGCCAAUAGAAGCAAAAGUAGAUGAUGUCUGCAAGACAAAGGAUAAGAAAAGUAAUUUUAAAAUUGAUGAACUCAACUCAACUAUAUUAGAUGUUGAAAAAAAGCAAGAUAGCAUUGUAAAGUUAUUAAAAAGUGGUGAAGCAACAAACAAAACAUGUCAACAGGCAAUUACAGAGCUACAAGAAAAAAUUGCUGUCCUACCAGAAACAGAACCCAGAGAUGAUGGGAAGAUCUACUUCUAUUCAAAAAAAGAUCAAAUGCUGAGUUACUUAGAGAAACAAGAAAUUGGUAGUGUUAGUGUAAAACCAAAUGAAAAUACUUUUGAAAUUCUUUGUGAAAAUCCAAUGACUGUGACAUGUUACCAACACUUUCUUAUUGAGAUAGCUCAAAGAUAUAAAUGUGAAAUAGAUAUUGAGGAAAUGACAGUUUCAACAGGAAAUACUUUGUUGAAGGAUCCUCAAGUACAGAUUUAACAUUAGAUGUCAUGUUUCAAAAUUUUCCAAUAAAAGAUCUCCAAUUAAAAUCAUUGUUGAACCUGUCGGAAUUGUAAAAUGUAUCCGAAAUGUUGGUUACUCUACACUGCUUCGGGAUAUUAACAGUAUCAAAGACCUAUUGAUGUUUGAAAAUGGUUGGUUUUUAGUUGCUUUUAGCUUAAGUGAUGAGAUUUUUAGGUUUGAAAACUCAGGAGCAUUUAUUGAUACAGUAAAAUUAUCAUCAACUAAAAUUGUAAAAAUCGACAAACUGAAAAACAACAACCUAUCAAUAUUAUUGCUUGACAAGAAUAGUUAUAAAAUAUUACUUUGCAAACAUGACGGUCAGGUGAACAAAUCAAUAUCAGUUGGUAAGUCAUUCUUGACUCUACGGAAAAAUAGUCAAAGUUUACCUUCUGGUUUUGCUGUAGAUGAAGACUUAAACUUAGUCUAUGUUGCUGAUCAAGGUAAGCAUUGUGUGGAGGUAUACAAUUUAAAGAUCAAUAACAAGGUAAAAACAAUUGGAUCAAAGGGUAGUCUUAAAGGACAAAUGGAUGGACCUUUAGAUGUUGCUCUGACAAACGAAGGGACCUCCAUUGUGACUGACACUCAAAAUCACAGAUUACAAUUAUUUGGUUCUGAUGGUCAAUUUAUUAAAGUUCUUAUUGGUGGAGGGUAUGAAGAUAGUAUGGUGAUACAACCAACUAGAGUAGAUGUUGAUAAUGAUGGCAACAUUAUUGUAGCAAGUGCCAACAAAGUACAGUUAUUUAAUAACUGUGGUAAGUUCAUUAGAGUGAUUCAUAGAAUUAAAAGAAGAGAAAAUACUUUUUUUACAUUUUCAAUUAUCUCUCACUAUCCUCGAAGACUUGCAUUAGCAGAACUACGUUCACGAACAAUUGAAGUAAUUAAUUAUUAGACUCAAUAAUACAAUUGCAGUGAAGCAGAUCAUAAUAAAUAAAUACAAACAGAAUGUGCUCAUUAUUCAUGACUUAUAUUAUAGUAUAUAUGAUUAAAAUUAUGAAAUAAAUUUUACCACCAAGUCGAUUAUUACACAAGUUGUUCAUAUGGUGGUAGCAACAUUGCUUAUUUAUCAACCAUGACAAUUCUUUGAUCCUACGAUUUCAAUGUUUUGCACUAUAUGUCUUUUUGAGACAAACUGUUGUUCUUUGUUCAGAAGGCUCUUAUGACACACUACUCAAUCUAGCAUAACAGCCUCUUAUAAAAAAAAGAACAUUAUUACAGUAAAUCUUUGUAAUUUGGAAGUCAAAAGCUAAUAAUUGAAAUUUGAUAAAUUUGUUAAAAAGGGGAUACCAAAUGGCAAGACAUGCAUUAUAAAAGUGGUUAUACGCUAAUUUGAAGACUUUUUUUUUUUACAAGCACCUGAUUUUGUCAGAGCAGUGGUCACAUAUUGCAUAUAAAGUUAAAAAACUUUAUCCAACUAGGGAGGUAGUCUGCUGGCAUUCUUUACUUUACAGACUAUACUGUACAUCAGACUUCUCAGGUUAUUAAAUGCAUUUCAGUAAGCAAGUUUUCAAAUACCAUAUAAUGUAAUUAAACAAUGUUCAUAGUACCUAAUUUGUCUUCAGUGUAAAAUAUGGGUGGCUUGAGUUACAGAGAAGCAUGCUGUACAUUAUGUGUCAUUGUGCAGCACAAGGAUAUUUUUUGAAUUUACUGUAUGUAACCAUCUGUAUAAGAGAGUACAAUAUAAUAAAUCAUUAUAAAAUAUUGGAAACCACUGUUAAAAAUUGAUAAAACAAUAUCUGACUACAGUAUCUGUAUUUUACAUAACAAAUUCACAAUAAAAUAAAGAAAAAAUAAAUGAGCAAUAAAGCAUAAAAAUGAGAAAUACGUCAAAAUUAUGAAUAAGUGAUAACAUUUUUUAAAGUUUGCACAAAAUAUGAUUUACAUAUCUUUAAAGGAAAUUGCAAAACUAUUAUAUAAUACAUGGAUAAUACUGUGUAUUAAAAUGAACCCAUGUUUAACCCUUACUCAGCAGGUUUCACAUCAAAUUGUGCAGAAAUUCAUUGGCUUUCCUAUCCAGUAAACACUAUUUGUGUUAGUGUUAAAACAGUCACUUUAUGGUCGUUUUUUGGAAGACCUUCACCAAUUCGCAUUUAUGCGAAGGUAGAAUUGGCUGACAGUGAGCCUAUUUGCAUUUAUUCGGAAAUGGCAUGCACACCAACUGUGCGGUGUUUGCAUUUAUGCGAAGAUGGCAGGGUAAGGGUUAAUAGUGAUAUUGACACUUUGGAAUAAGUAACUGAGAAAAAAAAAAUUGUAAGCCCUGUAAGAAACUUGACUAAGCAACAUUAAAUAUAAUCUUGGGAACAGAUGUUCAAAUAAUACUUUUGAAAAUAUUACUAACUAUACAUGGACAUCAAAUUUUAUACUUCUAAAUUAUUACAAAUAUUGAAAACUUUACAUUUACUUCAGCUGAGAACCUUAUGUCUAGUACAGUACCAUGUAUGAGCUUUAUUUUGUUUAUAUCUGGUCCGUUGGAAAAAAAAAAAUAAAUAAAUAAUUGAUGUUCCGGUAAUUUCACACGACUACAAAGUACAGGAUUUUGUGCAGCUCAGUGUGUUUCAUUCAGUCUACUUACUUAAUUAUAGUAACAAUCUAUUAGAUAUGCAAAUAAGGGUCAAACUUGACUGUAAAUUGCUUGGCUUUGUUUUUGUUAUGCUAUUUACCCAUUUGUUGUUUUUGAAUUGUCUUUUGCUUUGCUUUGUUUAUAUUUUAUAUUGUUCUUGGGUGCACCAUCAAAGUGAUGGGUGACACUGAUCUGAAAGUGAACCCAAUAAAUCGUAUCGUAUUGUAUCGUAUGACAUAGUAAUACUGAAUAUUAAUUCAGCCAAAGGUUAAAUGUACAAAUUAUAUUACAUGAAAUAUAAUAAGGUACAUGAGAAUAUUUGUAAUACCAGAUAUAGGGCAUAUAGUACAGUUAUAGAAAGCAUUUCAAAAGUACCCAUAAGAGUAAUAAAUAGUUUCUUAUAUCAAAAUACAUAAUUUUAUUGUCUUAUUGUGAAGUAUGUUAUAUAACAUUACCUUAUAUUUCUUGAAAGUUUGCAUGCUGAAUAUCGAACAAAAUAGUUAGAAUGUUGGUACACCUUAUCAUAUCAAUUUAUUAAUAUUACUUUAUUGUUAUAUGCUUUGCUUUUCAAUUGAUUUUACUUGCAUUAUUGUUUAAUUUUAUCAUUGUAUAUAUCUAUGUUAAAAUAACCCUAAGACAGGACUAACAGGCCAGAGCCAGAGUGUUUUUCACGCUAUAGUUAAUCCUAGCCAACUUAGGUUAUAUAUUGUCUUACUUUUUGUUAAAUUUCCUUUCAUUGUAUUGUAUUCAA